CUGGGAAACACUCAAGUUAAAGCGAAGCAGGAGGACCGACGUGAUGGACCGUGGAGUUCACACUGGGCGUUAGUUCAACACCACAUUGACGGAGUUGAACAUAUUCCUCUUUGUGUGCGUCUUGUCGCCAUGGUGACUUCUUGGGGAUUACUGUGACUCAGGGUGUUUGCUGCCUCCUUGAAGUUGUAGUCAGCGAUUUGAUUACCAAAACACUUAAGCAAAGGGACAGGAGCAGUGCGGCUGCCAUGAAUCUGACGCAGAAAAUGAAACUUCUGAAACAUUUUGGAUCUUUACCCCCAGAACCGACACCUCCACCAAUUCUUCAUGUUCCUAAGCCAGGCAUGGAGGAGCUAACAAUAUGGGAGCAACAUACAAUAACACUCAACAAAGAUCCAAAACUAGGGUUCGGCUUUGCCCUGUCAGGAGGGAAAGACAAAACGCUUCCAGACAAUGGAGACACACCGAUCAUCGUUUCAGACGUGCUGCCAAAUGGGCCGGCAAUGGGGAGACUAUUCACCAAAGACCAAAUUGUCAUGGUCAACGGAGUGUCAAUGGAAAACGUCCACUCUAACUUCACCAUACACACACUCAAGUCAUGCGGCAAGACUGCCAACGUUACUGUUAAACGGCCUCGUAAGAUCCAGAUCCCUGCAACUUCUCGGCCGUCUCGAGCCGCCUCUCACUCUAAUUUGUUGGACCCAGACCCUCCUAGACGGGCACGUCGCUACUCUGAUGGCAGCGACAACAGAAACAGCAGCCGAUAUCACACUCGUGCACGCAGCACGUCGCCCGACCGCAACGGCCAUGGAAACACACUACCCUUAAUGUCUUCAGGAUACAAGCGGCUACCAUACAACGACGUGCCAGACAAACCUCUCAAAACAACACUGGUUAAAAAGAGAAACACAGAUGAGUAUGGGCUGAAACUCGGCAGUCAGAUUUUUAUCAAGCACAUGACUGGGACAGGCCUGGCGGCAAGAGAAGGGACGCUUCAGGAAGGAGACCUCAUUCUUAAGAUCAAUGGCAUGACAACAGAGAAUCUCUCACUGCUGGAGACGAAACACUUGGUGGAGAAGAGUCGAGGCAAACUGACCAUGACGGUACUCAGGGACGACCGCAAGUUUCUGGUCAGCAUCCCUGAAGUGGAGGACAGCCCCCAUAACAGUGACGAUGGCCGACGCAGAGAAAGCAGCUCAGAGUUGGAAGAUAUUUCAGACCUGGAAGAGUCCAUUCCCACUCACAGAGCGUCUCGUCCAACCAACAGAGAGAAACGCACACGCAGGACAAGAGCUGAACCUCCUCUUGCCAGAUCCAGAGAUGCAUCACCCAUGCGCUCCACCCUGUCUCGUCCACCUCCAAGAACCUACCCAACUAGAAGAGCUCCGUCUGAGUCGGAAUCAGACCGCAGUGCUUCUCCGCCUGUUCCAAACAUGAGAGACACCCUGGACAAGCGGGAUCAGUCCAACAAAUACAAAAGUCUAUCUGGAAUGUCCACUCUGCCCAAUCCUCGAUCCUCCCCUAUCGCUGCCAACUGGACGUCUUCUCGACCGACUUCUUCUGCCUCUCGGCCACGCAGGCCAGUGUCUGAGUCGGACUCUGAUCGCAGCAACUCCCCUCCUCCACGCAGAGACAGCCCUCGCUCUGAUAACAGAUACAAAAUUCUUCCUGAUUUGGCUCAUGCAGGCGUGAGAGCUUCCCCUGUUCCUCGCAGGGUCAAUUCUCCGGUCAGAGUCCCACCUCCAGACUCUGAUUCCGAGUCAGAACGAGGCGUGGGGCCCCCUCAGAGGCAGAGUACCACGUACAGCCAGGACUCGCUCAGCCGAUACAGGGUGCUGCCGGAUGUUUCCCUUCAGCCUCAGGUGAAACCCCCCCACUGGAGCCCCAGCAGUGCCUCGAACAACAAUCCACCACUGAAAGCUCACUCAGAGUCUGAGUCGGAGGCGAGUUAUGCCUCCGUCCCACGUCGGAACUCUGCGGAUGAACAUUUCAAGACUGCAAAGAACAAAGUUCUUCCAGACAUAAAGGCUGGUACAUCUACAUCUCUUCCCAGACAGUCGUCACGCCAUCGAGCCCCAUCACCGGUCAGACCGCCACCUGAUGACUCAUCAGAGUCAGACCACCUUUCACACCUCAGGAGGUCUGGAAGUUCUGAGCGAGAGGACACACAUCGCAAAGCUCCUCGAACUUCGAACGCAACUGGCACCAUGAUGUCAGGUGUUUCGGUUAAGAGCAACCCACCACUCUACUCGAAACCUGCUGAAGAGCCCAUCUACUCAUUACCUCCAGAUUCAUACCCAACAUCUAAUCCGGGGUACAGCUCAAAUGUACAUAAAGUUUCCUUCACAAAGGAGGGCAGCGUGGGACUUCGGCUAGUUGGCGGCAACGAUGUUGGCAUCUUUGUUGGGGGAGUUCAACCCAACAGUCCCGCCUACGAUCAGGGGAUGAAGGAGGGCGAUCAGAUCAUGCAGGUCAACAAUGUAGAUUUUGGUCACUUCACUCGAGAAGAAGCAGCAAACUUCCUUCUUAAUGUCAAGAGAGGAGAGCGAAUUGAAAUUAGCACUCAGCACAAGAUGGACAUUUAUAAGAAGAUCAUCAAGUCAAACUUGGCAGACAACUUUUACAUCCGCACACACUUCGACCAUGACGCAGAUCAUUCCAUUGGCUUGAGCUUCACCAGAGGGGAAGUGUUCAGGGUGGUAGACACGAUGUAUCGUGGGAAAUUGGGUAACUGGCUUGCUAUUCGCAUGGGCAAUGACCUCCAUGAACUGGAUAAAGGAACCAUCCCCAACCAAUCUAGGGCGGAGACGCUGGCCAGCCAGGAGCAGGCAAUGAGGGCCAGCGGAGAUCGUCAGGGAUCCGGACCAAGAGCUGAGUUCUGGAAGCUGCGUGGGCUCAGGGGGAACAAGAAGAACGAGAAGAAUAACCGACGAACUCGAGAUGACUUACUGCAACUCACAAUUCAGGGCAAAUUUCCUGCUUAUGAGCGAGUUCUGCUCCGAGAAGCUAAUUUUAAAAGACCAAUUGUCAUCCUGGGUCCUCUGAACGAUAUUGCCAUGGAGAAGCUGGUGAGAGAGAUGCCUGACGAAUAUGAAGUGGCAGAGAUGGUUCCCCGGAGCGGAGGAGGAGACAGCGCCUCUACAGUCAUUAAACUAGACACCGUGCGGCGAAUAGCUGAGAAAGACAAGCACCCUCUGCUGGACAUCACUCCCACUGCUGUGGAGAGGCUCAAUUACAUCCAGUACCAUCCGAUGGUGCUGUUCCUGGACCCUCACAGUCGAAAGGAUGUCAAGGCCAUGAGACAGAGAUACAGCCCAAACUCUAACAAGAGCUCCAGGCGGCUUUAUUCACAGGCCUUGAAGAUGAGAAAAGACUGGAGUCACCUUUUCUCAGCUCGCAUCGACCUGCAGCCUGGGUCACAUGUUUGGUACGAAGCCCUCAAGGAUAAAAUCCGCCAUCAACAGUCAAAACCUGUUUGGGUGUCUGAAGUUACGUUGGAGACGGGUGGAGAACAGGACCUGGAUGCUCUGGACCAGACCCAGUCUGACUACCUGAGUGCUGCCAGUGACCUUGAGGACACUGAUGGAGAACCUUUCACCGAUGGAGAGGCCUACACUGACAACGAGGACCUGGAAGAAGCCUACCCUGGUCAAGAUGCAGCAAGACACUCAAGGAUAGCCGGAGCCGCUUUAGCGCGAUCCUCAGAACCUGCCUCAGGGCGCCACAGUCCCCCUGUGGAACAUAUUUCAGACUCCUACUCAAAAGGAGGAGAAAUCCCACCUCUAAUGCACGUGCCGGAGCCAGGUUCCUUCCGACAGAGGACGAGCAGCCCACCACGUAGCCCGCUGGAGGAAGACCCCUCGCAUCGCAGCUUCACAGACUCUGACUUCAGUGCUGUUGAUGUUCUUGCACCCACCACUCCAUCAGAUGGGCCCCCAGAUUUCAUAGCCCCCAACCCUCGGUAUACUUUGAAGGAAGCUUCACUUGCUGAGGAACAACGUGGGAGUCCGCACGCCAGCCUUUCCGCCAUAGAAGAGAAGCUACAACAGACUCGGCUAGCAGAGCCACAAACUCAGCCACAGGGGAAGAAGAGCCCCAGCUACAUAGUUCUGGCGCAUCAUCACCAGGCUGUCCAGUUCAGACGAACACAGAUCAGAGGAGGCAGUAACAGCUCUGAAGAUGAGGAGGAGGAGGACGACGACGACACAGAGGACAUUGAAUGGGGACCUGCCACAGAACUGUAGAUGCCACUUUUUAAACGUUUAACUCCAUUGAUCCAACAAUAAAACUUUGAUUUACACUCCACUACAAUCAUUAUUUCUGUUUUCAUAUUUUAUUUCAAAGAUUUCUCUACCCUCUUCAUAAAAAUAUUCAAAUGAAUUUUGUAAUUAAUGGUUCAGUAUCGAUAUUUUUAUUUAAUCCGUUGAAUAUUUGUGGUUUUUUUUUAACAGAUUUUUCAUUAAAUGCACAUAAUGCUUAGAAUUGUUUCAAUACAUGUCUGAUUUAUAUGUGGGCGUCACCUAGCGUUUCUACAUUAAAACUUGUUUUCAGUGUGUGA